CCUGCCACUGGUGCCCACAAGACAAAAGGAAGGAGAGCGCAAGGGGGAAGAGUGGUUGAGUCCAGAUACCUGGAGUAUGAGAAGAGAACUAAGAAGGCUUCUGUAUCAGCUGGAGGGAAGCUGCCUGAGGGAAAGAAAGCCAGCACAUUGCCAAGGAGCAAAGAAGACAGCCAGGUGACAGGAAGAGGAGACCUGCAGUCCACCGUGCUGAAGGGACAUGACAAGGCUCCACCCGACCUAGACCCCUCAGUCAUCAACGACAAAAGUGUGUUCAGGAAGCCUCCCCAGCUAGACAGGACAAUGUCGAAGGAAGCCGACUUGUCUACCACUCUCCAGAAGAAAAGAACCCUUCACAAGAGGAGACGGGAUCUCCAGAAGACCCUGGACGUGAUGGAGUCGCAGACCCUGCUGCUGACCCUGCUGUCUGUGAAGAUGGAGAACAACCUGGCUCUGCUGGAGGAGAAGGCUGGGAGGAACUUGGCCGCCAUGUGCUGUGAGAAGGAGAGGCUGCAGCGGCGGGUGCUGGAGCUGCGGCGCCAGCUGCUACUCCAGCAGAAACAUCAGGAGCUGACUGCCAUGCUGGAUGCCCAGAUAGAGCUGCUGAGCCCUUUCCAGGCCGUGGCAGAGCGAUUCAAGGAACAAUACAAGACACUGGCCACAGCCCUGGAUACCACUCAACACGAGCUGCCCAUGCAGGCCAUCCACGUGCCGGGAAGCGGGCAGGAGCUCCUAGAUGAUCUGCAGCCGGCCCUGAGGACCACCCUGCAGCUCCUGGGCGAGCUGGGCAUCUGCUCCCCGGAUACCAGUGUACAGGAGCCGUGCCUGCUGGAGGAGCUCAGGAACUUGACCAUGAGGAAAGACCUGGAGCUCCGCAGGAUCGUUGACCAGGUGAUAGAACUUUCCUCCCAGGCCAGCAAAGAAGUCGCCUUGAUAAACCAGGAAGUCUGGGAAGAGGGGCCCGGGCACCCCCAUCUGAAGCCAGUGGUACUUCAGUCCAGAUGUCCUCAGGGGCCAUGGUCCCCUCAGCGCAGGACUGAUCCCAGUGCAGGCCUGGCCCUUGAGCGGCUCCAGGCAGCCCGUCCUGCUGUUUUGUGGAUAUUUCCCAGCUGCCUUUUCGGCCGUUGACGUUCCCUCCGUGCCUUGUUCAAAGACUGAAGGAAAGUUCCGGUGAUGCA